AUGAAAGAUACAAACAGCCCCGCCGGUCCGUUCGCCUCGCCGCUUGCCGCUGCUGUUCCAGCCGCCAAGGCCGCCACCAGCAGCCGCCAUUUCCGCCGUGAAUCAGCCCGAACCGCCACACCAGCAGCCGCUCCCUUCGCCGCGCUAGCCCCACCGGUCCGUCCGCCUCGCCGCUUGCCGCUGCUGUUCCAGCUGCCGAGGCCGCCACCAGCAACCGCCAUUUCCGCCGUGAAUCAGCCCCGAGCAGCCUCGAACCGCCACACCAGCAGCCGCUCCCUUCGCCGCGCCAGCCCCGCCGGUCCGUCCGCCUCGCAGCUUGUCGCUGCUGUUCCAGCCGCUGAGGCCGCCACCAGCAGCCGCCAUUUCCGCCGUGAAUCAGCCCCGAACCGCCACACCAGCAGCCGCUCCCUUCGCCGCGCCAGCCCCGCUGGUCCGUCCGCCUUGCCGUUUGCCGCUGCUGUUCCAGCUGCCGAGGCCGCCACCAGCAGCCGCCAUUUCCGCCGUGAAUCAGCCCCGAGCAGCCCCGAACCACCACACCAGCAGCCGCCCCCUUCACCGCGCCCGUUCGCUGCUCGCCGUGCCGAGCCGGAAACCACCGCGGAGCACCUGGUCGUCGCCUUAGACUGGUUGGUGUAA